CAAAGUACGGUACGUCAAUACAUGACCUACAACAAUGCUGCAUGAUCUAGGGUCGACCACUCGGGAUGACAACCGGGAACUUCGGGCAGAGCAAGCUAGCGUUGAUCCGCUAAGUACGAGUUGAGUUUUCUGCCAAGCGCUAACACAUUACUCGUACUAUACAUUGUGCAUUGCCAGCGGUUUGAACGUACACGACUACGUCUACGUAUUUUUCUACGAAAUCGCAUUUAUACAUUUUCACGAAUGAAAGAGAAAAGCAGCCCCUUCAAAUCCAGCUCGAUGAAGUCUGGCUUGAAUCCAUCGACAACAAAGUUGUCGUCUUCGACAUCAUCGCAGCGCAAGAUGAAUGGUUUUAGUACGACGGAGGAUGACAGUCGCGACUCAGGACAUGGUCAGAUAUGUUGCUUGGUAGAUGAUAGUCAACGCUGCACCAGACCGGCUGGGAAUGCAUGCUAUAGUAAACGCAUUGCUAAGACAGUACAACAGAGGAAACUCAAACUCACCAUUGAUCACAGUGUGAGGCAUAUCUACAUCUGUGACUUCCACAAGUCUAUGAUUCAGAGUGUGCGGAGUACCAAGAAGAGGAAGAAGGGAAGUGAUGAAGAUGGUGGGAUAUCUCCAGAUCAUGAUCUAGAUGUACCAGAGGUUGAUCUGUUUCACCUUCAAGUCAAUACAUUAAGAAGAUACAAGAGACAUUAUAAGAUCCAAACCAAACCAGGCCUCAACAAGGCUCAACUUGCUGACAUUGUGGCCAGACAUUUCAGGACAAUCCCAGUGAGAGAAAAAGAAGCGCUGACCUACUUCAUCUACAUGGUCAAGAACAACAAGAGUCGAUUUGACCAGAAACAUGAGCACAGCUAGAACUGGUCAGUCAACCCACUAACAAUCAACACAGCAGCAAUGUCAGACCAGGCCAGGCUAAACCAGUCAACACAAAGUAUCCAUUAAAC